AGUUUUGACUAUGGUCUAUAAUGUAUUUGAAUUUUGAGUAUACACAAAUACUCAAUACUGUAGUUUGUAAAUUUGGCACGUGAAUAGCCAUUGAUCAUUAUGUAGUCGCAUAAGACAUGGACGAUGGGCAGACUACCUAAGUUAAUUACUAUAUGUAGUGGGAAGUAUUUAGGUACCUAGUAAUAGUAAAUAAAAUGUUAAUAGUAAUAUACCUAGUAUUAAAUUAAAUAUUAUUAAUGGCUCUAGUCGAGCAUAGAUUUAAAAAACGAAAUAAAAAUUUGAACAAGAAUUUCAAAUUUGAAUCGCUUAUCAGUUGUAUCACUCAGACCCAUAUAUUCAUUUGAUUAUCAUUCAUUUGUUGCACGGCGCACGUGUGUAUAGUCCACUACUGUACUGUCUGUACUACUGUCUGGUCUGUGUAUUCCUAUUUCAUUUUCACCGUAUUUUAUUAAUAUUUGUAUGUACGAUUACUGUGCGACGUCUGAAGACCCUCGAAUUUCAGUAUGUCAUGUCACCUCGCAAAAAAUCUCCUGAGAAAAGUCCAGUCCACCAAGUCGGCAUCAGACAACUAUGAUGUGCGCAAGAUGCCAGUACCGUCGCAUAGACUCACGCCGGUAAAGGAACACUGGUUAAAGAUCUAUAUCUAUACGCCCGUCAUCGAUCACCUUCGACUGGACAUUAGGUUCAACGUCAAAUCUAGAAACGUGGAAAUCAGAAAUCUCGUUGCUGACAACGAGAUCGGCUCACAGCAUUUGCAGAAGGUCGCAGACUUUGUCAAGACGUUUGUCUACAGGUUUGAAGUGGAAGUCGCGCUGGCGUUGAUAAGACUGGACAAUCUGUUUGUCGAAUCUAUUGAAGUGAAAGACGUAAAAACAUUAAAAGGAAAUCCUUUAUCACGUGCAAUUGGGCGAUUAGCUGGAAAAAGAGGUCAGAGAAAGUUUACUAUCAAAAAUGUUGCAAACACCAGAAUAGUAUUGGCAGACUCAAAAAUUCAUAUAUUAGGAUCAUUACAAAAUAUACAAGUAGCUAUGAGAGAUAUUUGUAAUUUUAUUCUUGGAUCUCCGCCUUCUAAAGUCUAUGAACAAUUACAACAACUCGCUAAGAGUAAAGUUUUAUAAAAUUGUAUAUUUUAAAAUUAAAAUAACAAGUUAUGACAUGUAUAAUUUAUUUUUUAAUAAAGUUUAAUUUAAUUACA